UCCGGCGGCGGCCAUGGCGCGGCGCGUCGUGCUCUUCGACCUCGGCGGGGUUCUGCUGGCGCCGGGCCUGCAGCACUUCCUGAGCGCCUGCGAGCGAGACUGGGCCUUGCCCAGGGGUUUCUUCGAGGCCCUGCUGGAUUCCGGCGGAUCCCAGAGCCUGAACUCGCGGGCGCUGCGGGGCCACAUCGGCCUCAGCCAGCUGCUGGCGGAGCUGGAGGAGCGCUGCCGCUCCGCGUUGGGCGCCGCCGUUCCCGAGGGAUUUUCGGCGUCGCGGCCGUUCCGGGAGCUGCGGGCGCGCGCCCGCCUGGACGGGCGGAUGCUGAGGGCGGCCGCCACCCUCCGGAGCCACGGGUUCCUCACCGGGGUCCUCACCAACGCCUGGCUGGACGACACCCCCGGCAGGUCGGCCACGGCCGAGCUCCAGGAGCGGCUCCGGCGCCGCUUCCACCUGGUGCUGGAAUCCUGCCGGAUCGGCAUGGCCAAGCCCGAUCCCGGGAUCUACUCCUACGCCCUGGAGGCGCUGCGGGCCCAGCCCCACGAGGUGAUUUUCCUGGAUUCCCUGGAGCAGAACCUGGGCCCGGCGCGGGCGCUGGGCGUGGCCACGAUCCUGGUGCGCGACGUGGGAUCCGCCCUCAGGGAUCUGCAGGAGAUCGCCGGGAUCCAGCUGCUGGGCCGGCGGCGGCGGCGGCAGCAGGAGGAGGAGGAGGAGGAGGAGGAGGAGGAGGCGGCGCCGGCCGAGGUCGCGCCCGACGACGUCGCCCACGGACACGUCGCCAUCCGCCCGGGCGUGCGGCUGCACUUUGCCGAGCUGGGCCGGGGCCCGGCGCUCUGCCUGUGCCACGGAUUCCCGGAAUCCUGGCUCGCCUGGCGCUUCCAGCUGCCGGCGCUGGCCGGGGCCGGGUUCCGCGUCAUCGCCCUCGACAUGAAAGGGUUCGGAGACUCCUCGGCACCGCCCGACAUCGCGGAAUAUUCCCAGGAGCGGAUCUGCCAGGAUUUCAUCACUUUCCUGGAUAAACUGGGGCUCUCGCAGGUCGUUCUGAUUGGCCACGACUGGGGCGGGGCCAUGGCCUGGAACGUGGCUCUGUUCUACCCCGAGCGGCUCCGGGCGGUGGCGGUGCUGAACACGCCGUUCCGGCCGGCCGAGCCGGGCCUGGAUCCCCUGGAGCGCCUGGAGCGGAUCCCGGCCUGGGAUUAUCAACUGCACUUCCAGAGGGAGGGCGUGGCGGAGGCGGAGCUGGAGAAGGACAUCGGGAGGACCCUGAAGAUCCUGAUCCGAGCCUCGGACCCCGCCGAUCGGCUCCCCCUCAGCCUCGACUUCCACCGCGUCCGCGAGAGAGGGGGGCUCCUGGUGGGAUUCCCGGAGGAUCCGCCCGGCAGCCGCCUGCUGCCCCCGGCCCAGCUGCAGUAUUACAUCCAGCAGUUCCGCAAGUCCGGCUUCAGGGGCCCCCUGAACUGGUACCGGAACGUGAGGGAGAACUGGAGCUGGGCCCUGCGCGCCCGGGGCAGGACGAUCCCGAUCCCGGCGCUGCUGGUGACGGCCGGGAAGGAUCCGGUGCUGCGGCCCCACCUCAGCAGCGGCAUGGAGAGAUGGAUCCCGAAGCUGCAGCGGCGCCACCUCCAGGACUGCGGCCACUGGACACAGCUGGAGAGGCCGGCCGAGGUGAACGGGAUCCUCCUGGAGUGGCUGCGGGAGCUGCCCCCGGAGCCGGCGAUUCCCGGGAAUUCCAAACUCUGAGCGGGAAAAUUCCCGGGAAAAUUUCCCUGGAAUUCCGAACUCUGAGCUGGAAAAAUUCCCAGGAAAUUUUCCCUGGAAUUCCAAAUUUUUUUUCAGGAAUUUUUCCCGGGAAAUUUUCCCAAAAAUUCCAAGUUUUUUGCAGGAAUUUUUCCCAGGAAUUCCAAACUCUGAGCAGGAAAAAUUCCCGGGAAAUUUUCCCUGGAAUUCCAAACUCUGAGCAGGAAAAUUCCCGGGAAAUUUUCCCUGGAAUUCCAAUUUUUUUCCAGGACUUUUUCCCAGGAAUUCCAAUUUUUUGGUGGGAAAUUUUCCCGGGAAUUCCAAACUCUGAGCGGGAAAAAUUCCCAGGAAAUUUUCCCUGGAAUUCCAAAUUUUUUCCAAGAAUUUUUCCCUGGAAUUUUUCCCUGAAAUUCCAAUUUUUUUCGGGAUUUUUUCCCGGGAAUUCCAACUUUUUUGUGGGAAUUUUUCCCUGGAAUUCCAAACUCUGAGCGGGAAAAAUUCCCAGGAAAUUUUCCCUGGAAUUCCAAAUUUUUUUCAACAAUUUUUCCCGGGAAAUUUUCCCAAAAAUUCCAAGUUUUUUGCAGGAAUUUUUUCCCUGGAAUUCCAAACUCUGAGCAGGAAAAAUUCCCGGGAAAUUUUCCCUGGAAUUCCAAUUUUUUUCCAGGACUUUUUCCCAGGAAUUCCAAUUUUUUGGUGGGAAAUUUUCCCUGGAAUUCCAAACUCUGAGCAGGAAAAAUUCCCGGGAAAUUUUCCCUGGAAUUCCAAACUCUGAGCGGGAAAAAUUCCCCGGAAAUUUUCCCUGGAAUUCCAAAAUUUUUUCAGGAAUUUUUCCCAGGAAUUUCAGUUUUUUUGGUGGGAAUUUUUCCUGGGAA